AUGGCUUCUACCAACACUGGAGGGCCCUUCAAGGGCCAUCCCGAGGAGACCAAAGACGUUAGCACCUCCCAGUCGCAGGCCACGGACGCGUCAGUGUCAUCGGUGAGGGAAGUGUCCGACAAUGCGUACGGCUCAACGGAUGAGCAUGUUUUCUCCGACCCCAGUAUCGCUGAAUACUGGCGCAAGGUGUACGAGAAGGCGCAGUACGAGAACCGACACCGUUUCGAUCCGAGUUACCAAUGGUCGGCAGAGGAAGAGAAGAGGCUGGUCAGAAAGAUCGACAAGCGCAUCAUGGUUUGGGCUUGGGUCAUGUUUUGCGCCCUGGAUCUCCAUCGUCGUAAUAUCAACCGAGCGAUUUCUGACAACAUGCUUCCGGAACUCGGCAUGAACACGAACGAUUACAACUAUGGCCAGACGAUUUUCCUUCUGACGUUCCUCUCCGCGGAGUUGCCCAGUGGGCUCAUCAGCAAGAAGCUCGGUGCCGACAGGUGGAUCCCAACCAUUAUGGUGGGUUGGUCUAUCACGGCUGGCUGCCAGGCUUUCUUGUCGAGUCGCGCUGGCUUCUAUGCCAUCAAAGCCCUUCUUGGCCUGUUGAUGGGCGGUUUCAUCCCUGACAUUGUCCUUUGGCUCACCUACUACUACAAGUCGAACGAACUCCCCCUCAGACUCGCCUGGUUCUGGACGGCGCUCAGCACCGUCAACAUUGUGGGAUCCUUGCUUGCCGCAGGUGUUCUCCAGAUGCGAGGAAUCGCAGGAUGGUCUGGUUGGAGAUGGCUGUUCCUCUUGGAGGGAAUUGUGACCCUGAUCAUCGGCAUCUUCUCGUGGGGUCUCAUGCCCCCUGGCCCCUGCCAAACUAAAAACUGGUUCCGGGGUAAGAAUGGAUGGUUUUCCGACCACGAAGAGUACAUCAUGGUCAACCGCCUGCUGCGGGACGACCCGAGCAAGGGUGACAUGCACAACCGAGAAGCAGUCGGCCCCUCUCAGCUGUUCAAGGUCGUCAAGGACUGGGAGCAGUGGCCUCUAUACCUAAUCGGCUUGACCACAUAUAUCCCGCCUUCCCCGCCGAGCAACUAUCUCUCCUACAUCCUUCGCAAGCUGGGAUUCUCUGUUUUCCAAGCAAAUCUUCUCGCUAUUCCCUCGCAAUUCCUGUUCGCCGUCAACCUACUCAUUAUCUCAUGGGUCUCUGGAAAGUUCAAGGAGCGAGCCAUUGUCUCGUCCAUCUCUAACAUUUGGAUCUUCCCAUGGCUCGUGGCGCUCGUGGCUCUACCUGCAAGCUCGAGCACCUGGAUCAGAUAUGCUCUGUUGACUGGUCUGCUAAGUUACCCUUACUGCCACGCCAUCUUGGUUGGAUGGAACGCGAAGAACAGCAAUGCGGUGCGAACGAGAGCUGUUAGCGCGGCGCUGUACAAUAUGUUCGUGCAGGCGGGCAACAUUGCUGCAUCCAACAUCUACCGAGAUGACGAUCAACCUUUGUAUCGCCGCGGAAACAAGAUUCUUCUCGGAAUCUGCUGCUUCAACAUUGUGCUGUUCUACCUCGUCAAGGCAUUUUACAUCUGGCGGAACAAGGUUCGCGAUCGGGCGUGGAAUGCUUUGACGAAGGCGCAACAAGAGGACUACACCCUCAACACAACAGACGAGGGCCAGCAAAGACUCGAUUUCAGAUUCGCGCACUGA